AGGGCACGAACGUCUCUUUCUCUCUCUCUCUCUCUGGCGUCAGCGGUCUCCCAGCAACAGCCGGGCUCCGGUCACCCGCUGCUGAGCGCCGUCAAGCCGCACAGACACACUCAGACCAAACAGGAAGUCGGGUGGAUUUUAACUACAGAAUAAAUGUAUUUUGAGUCCAGGUCCGCUCAGCUUCAGCAGAGCAGACAGAAACCAUGGAGCGCAACAAGACGCGUUGGAGAGACUCACCGAGCGGUCAGGAAAAGUGCCAGUUUCUGAUCUGUUUGUAAGUCACUUUCAGCGACAGUGAACAGUUUUCCGUUCACCAGCAGGUGCACACUGAGUUUUUCCAAGCGUGCGUAAAUUGACUGGAUAGAGGACUAGGGAAGAAAAUAGUCUUGGAGUGACUAGCAGCUACCAAAGAACGGGAGGAGAGGAUCGGAGUAAAGAGCGCCCGAAGGAGAGACGAGUGCCUGGUGCUGGAUAGAAAUGCUCGCAAGGUUAUUUUUGUCUACGAAUUUGAACAUUUCACGUUGUUUGGGGAAAAUGUCGCUGGUGUGCGCUGCGUAAAAUCCCGGACUGCUUGCAUGUCUCAUGCCAUUACAAGGAACAGUUACUUUUCUUCAAGGAAACUGUGAGCGGAGCAGAUACAGUCUGAAGAAGGAGGCGUUGGGCUAAAACUGAAAACGACACACUGAACAGUUACGAACCAUGGUGAAGUUUCAUAACUCGGACCUAUGGAUAGCCUGGAUGGUCAUUUUCUGCAUGGAGGGUUCAAGGUUUGAUCUACACACAGGGAAAGUGAGUGUGCGGGCGCUGGAUGUGACGGUGUCCCAGAGCAGUAUCCAGGUGGCCCGCGGCCAAGCAGCCGUCCUGCCUUGCUCCUUCACCACCAGCGCUGCACUCAACAACCUCAACAUCAUCUGGAUGGUGAUACCGCUGUCCAAUGCCAACCAGCCAGAACAGGUGAUAAUUUACCAGGGCGGCCAGGUGUUCAGCCUCGCCAACCACCUCAAUGGUCGUGUGGGCUUCGUGGCCACUAUGCCAAGUACAAGUGCCUCCAUCUUCAUCAACAACACCCAGCUGUCAGACACUGGGACCUACCAGUGCCUGGUCAACAACCUCCCAGACAGAGGGGGGCGCAACAUCGGCGUCAUUGGGCUCACCGUGUUGGUGCCCCCCUCGGUGCCGGCAUGUCGAAUCCAGGGCACGCUGGAUGUAGGCAGCGACAUCAUGCUGAUUUGCAGCUCGGAGGAAGGUAUUCCCACACCGUCCUAUUCCUGGGAGAAGCUGGACGCGCUGCCCAAGCUGCCGAACAACGCCAUGCAAGACCAGAUGCAGGGCACUGUAACACUGAGAAACAUCAGCACCAGCACCUCAGGACUCUACCAGUGUACCUCCAGCAAUGCUAUUGGCAAGAGCACCUGCCUACUCAACCUUCAGGUUGUAGCACCCCAGCCUCAGAGUGUGGGUCUGAUAGCAGGGACCAUCGCUACUGGAGUCCUGGCUCUCAUCAUCUGCUCCCUGUUAGUGGUGGUCACACUCUUCUACUGGAAGAAUAAGAACAAAUAUGAUGAGGAGGAGAUCCCAAAUGAGAUCAGAGAAGAUGACCUUCCUCCUAAAAGGUCAUCAUCAGUGAAGGCUUUCCACGCAGACGCCUCAUCCUCAGAGAACGACACGCUGACGUCUACCAACACCUACAACAGUCGCUACUGGCACAACCCAAAACCCAACUAUGACACCAACUCCUACACACGCUACAACGGAGACACACGCCAGACCUUCUCUGCUGCUGCCCAUGGCGCACAUGGACACGGACAGGCCCAGAACGCAGGACACGGCCACAGUCCUGUGGUCACAGCACCAGGCUCAGCCCCACUGUCCCGCCAUGCACAGCCCACAACGGCAACAACAACAGCAUCGUUUGCCAAUGGCAGUCACACGCUCCCGCCACCCAAGACUCUGGUGGUCACCACAAACUCUGCUCCGUCUCCCCCCACCAUGGUGCGCAGCAACGGCUCUGUGAGCCUAAAACCGGUGGUGACAUCCACACAUGGGCAGCACACGCACUCCUACGCAGUGAGCCAGGCCACGCUGGAGCGGAUGGGGGCGGUGCCUGUCAUGGUGCCCGCCCAGAGCAGAGCAGGCUCGCUGGUCUGAAAUCUGAUUUGGUAAACUGUUAGCUUUGAAAACAAGACUAUAUUAGUUUUUGGUUGUGAUGUUUGAAAUCUACUGAUGAAAAACAGACCGAAUAUGGGCUGAAGCAGCCCGCUGCCCUUUACAACUGUGUCUUUCUGUAUGUCUCAACCUUUUUAUCUCAAAACAAACUGAUUUUACAGUGCAGAGUUCAUUUGAUGCCAAUUCCUUGAUGGAAAGGACCCUCCAUUUUGGAGACGAGUACUACAUGGAAUCAGGUCAUCCCCUUAUUGGAUGGACUUUCCUGGUGGCUGUGGCGAGAUCUAUUUCUCAACCACUUUUAGACGAUUUCACAAAGCUGGAGUGAAAUUUCCCGCAGAAUCUCAAUUCCCAGAUCUUUUUCAGGGCUGGAUCAUUGUGAUGAUUGUGUUUUUUUGAACUGAAAGCAACGUAAGGCAUUUUCAUCUCAGUGUGUCCAUACUGCAUGGUCAGAGAAAAGUGAGCUCGGAUUCCCACAUAAAUGCAUGUGUCCCUUGUUUUAGGAUAACAAAUUAAGUCCAUAUUCUUUGUAAUAAUUUCUUCUCUCACAGUUGUUAUUUUGAUUGACAGUAAUGAUAGUGAUGAUGAGGAUUAUUAUGCACUGAAGAAGUGAAUGUUCAAUGUCUGUUAGGGGUGACCUAAAGGAUGAAAGUAUAAGAAUAAAAUGAUGUUGGUUGAAAUUGCCUUAGAAGGGUAGAGAGCGAGGGGCUUUGCUGGGUGCAAUACAUCACAUAAUAAUCUUCACUGAAUGCAAACAUUUUAAUUACGUUUUUGCACUUUUCUGAGCAAUUAUAUCAAAACUGCUGUCUUAUAAAGAAUAACUCAGUCUUACUAAUGAAAUGCUUUACCCGUACAACAUAAAUCAUAAUAUUUCUGCACAUACAGUAGGGGAAUAUGACACAAUACUGGUGAUACUGUAUUUGAAGACAGUUUAUAAAAUAAUACAAGUGCUGGAUUCUCAUUUAAACUUUAAACUGCAGAUGGAUCUCGUUGUAGUCUUUGCUGUGUUCAUCCUUGCUGUUGUCCUAAUCUGGUUCAUGUCACAUCAGUGCUGCUUUAAGAAGAUGUGAAUAAGAUGAUGUCUUAUUUCAUAAAUGCUUUAUAAAGAGACAAAUAUAUAUUUAAAGGUGAUUUUUUUUCCCCUUGAAAAAGGCAAACACCUACUGUUUUCUACUGUACAUAUUGUGGCUACAACAGUAGGCUAGAUUGUGGAUCAAAGAAAAUACAUUACGUGUCUGACCGAUACAUAUUUUACAACUCAUGUGUCUUAAUUUUUUCUUACGUUAGACAACAAGCUCGGUUUGAUAGACAGUGUGAUUGGUUUCAAUGAAGGGAUGUUCUUUUUAUAUUUUCUUUUUCUAAUGAGUAUUGCCAUUUCAUUAAAAGCUCUGAGGUAAAUACAGUAUGGUUUAACACUAAUGGCCAUAUAUUUUACUAUAAAUAGUACACACUUAUGCUGUAUAUGGUGCAAAGUAUCACUGUGUUUCUGACCUACUGUAUCUAUAUUUUAACCAAAUUUCACCAGUGGAGAAACACGUAUUACAGUGUUCCCAAAUUUAGCAAUCCUCGUUUCUUUCUGUGCAUGAACUGAAUGCACAAAACUAAUAAUUUCCUGUAGCUAUGAUACAAUAUUUGAUACAACAAUUAUUUGUGUGUUACAUGCAGUAUUGGAAUGUGUGUUAUUUUUUUCUUUCUUUAAAGCAAUUUUUCUAUACAUCUAACUUGGGUUUUAAUUAAAUGUGCUGUUUUGGCAUUUAAAGUCUUACAGAGACAUAUUUGUGUGCUAACAAUACAAAAAUAUAACAAAUACAAUAUCAUGACUUAUGGUAAAAACAUUUUUGCAUCAUAAUUAUUAUUAUCUCACCACUUCACUGACUUUAGCAGCACUUCUUUAUGUGAAGGUUAUUACAUUUAUGUCUCUCAUGCCAUGUCCAAGUAAGUGUUAGAUGCAUUCAAUAAAGAGUGUUAAUAAAGUUAAUUGGGUUAGAAAAUUAAAAACAAAAAAGAUGGAAGGUUAGACAAUGAAUUUAGAGUGGUAUUAACUUACAGUAUUAAGCAUAUAAGCAAUAAAUACUAGCCAUGGUGAUGUACUUUUGUAUUAUUGAUGUUAUCCCUUAAUUCAAACAUUUAUGGAUGGAGUCUCAAAAAUAAGACUUGAUGAGUGCUGGUCAUUUAGAUAUAUAAAUAAUGUACGCCUAUGAUACACACAAACCUGUUUCUUUUGAUUUUGCCUACAAGUCAUGAUGGAGAUGACUUGUAUUUUCAAUUCUUUAUGUGUUAAUUUAUUCUCUACUCUAUCAGUCACUACAGCAUGUACUGGUUCAGAUCAAUCACAAACAUCAUGUCCAUCUACACUGACCCAGGUCCAGGUCUGACCACAGCUACACAUCCACUGUGUAGCUGUGUUGUUGCAGAACAGUUUAUCUUUUUAUUUUAAUCUCAAGGCUGCUCUCUUGCCUACAACACAUACACAAACACUGAGGUCAAAUGAUCAGUUCAUCAUAAAUGUCAAAGCUUCCGAUCACCUCCCCUCCUUAUUCGUUUGUCAGUGUUUUCAACAUGAAGUCUUCUAUGUAGAUUCCGAUCACCAUCUCUCCCAGCAUCCCUGCCCUGAACACUGGCUGACAACGUUAGAGAAGAACUUCUCCUCUAAGAUCUCUGGUGAGAUUCAACAUCCCAGAGAGAAUGACAAGCUGGAAAAAGCUAAACUGAGAUUAUUUUACUCUUAACUCUGCCCUCCAUUUGCAGGAGCAAUAGGGGAAAGUGAGCACAAUCAGUAGAAAACUACUGAGGUUUUAACCCAUAUUAAAAAAAAAGAUUUCAUCUUCUAUCCUGGCCAUUAGGUUGGCGUAUGGUACACAAGGUGGUACAUGGGUUGUGUAUAUAGAUAAAUAAUGACAUGUGAUAUAUUGCCAAUAGUAAAAAACAAUCUGUAAAUAUGUAAAGAAAUACAUAUUGUUCUUACUGUUGGGUUGAGAUGAAAUAGGAAAAAUAAC